UUGUUCCUGUGAAGUGUGAACACUUCCGGAGAUCUGUUGGUACCCACUAUUUAAUCAGCGCCAACUCCGGAUUUGGAGUGUUGCGUUGGAACUUUGACUUUUUUUUCUUCUUCUUGUGUUUUUCCUUCUAGUUAUAAAGCCGUAUCAUGUCGCAGGCUCGGGUCACGGACUUCUUCUCACAGCGUAAAAGAGGUCCCGUGAAAGCAGCGACCAAGCAGCGAAGCGUCAGCAGCACACGGACACGCUCUGCUAAAAGCCGAGAGCCACUCAUUUGUUCUUCCUCUGUCCACGAAGAGUUUGUGCGAGUUAUCGACGAAGCAGUGGGAUCGAACAACGAGACCCCCACCCUUAACAACAACGACUCUAAACAUGCCUCCAGUCCCCGGACACCAAAGAGGAGCUCUGCUGAGUUUGACAUCGGAGCAGGGGUGACUACAGCCGCCGCUGAACACAGCACCGCCAAGAAAAGGAGACAGACUGAGACAAAGAGCGACUCCAUAGCCGAUACAGACCCCGAGAGGGGAAAGAGGAGGACGGCUAGGAAGAAGCUCCUGCUGCCUCCACCUUCUCCUCAGGCUCAACCCCUCAGCGUCAGGAGUGAAUCCGUAGACACCACCACCACCACCUCCUCCAGUGAAAAAGUUCCUGAGAAGUCUGUUGUCGUCAAUAAAGAGUUUAUAGGCCAAGGCAAGAAGGCUCUGUGUAAAGACGAUAUUGCUGCUUUGAAAUCCCGUCUUCAAAGGAUCAAGAAACAUGCAGAGGAAACAACGAGAGCUGCUUCUGUUUGUACAUCCACCACAUUAUCAUCAUCAUCAUCAUCAUUGUCUCCGGCGGGCUCAUCAACAAGCGAGGAAAAACGUCCUGUUCCCGAUGUGGCCCCGUCCUCCGUCCCUGAUGCUAAAGCAUUGACACACACUCUGGCACGAGCAAAGCAGCUUGCAGCUAAAGCCCAGAGGAGACAAGAUGUCACAGAGGAGAGGGGUCAGAGUGAGACACAGGCCCAGGACAGUGUGGAGCAUCCAGCGUACCAGCGGUAUCACACUCUCGCUCAGGCUGUGCCCCCGGGCCUCUCCCUCCCUUAUCAGUACAAGGUCCUAGCCGAGAUGUUCCGGAGUAUGGACACUGUGGUCGCUAUGCUGUACAACAGAUGUGAGACAGCCACCUUUGCUAGGGUUAAACAAGGAGUUCAGGACAUGAUGAAGAAGCGGUUUGAGGAGAACCAUGUGGGUCAGAUAAAGACGGUGUUUCCCGAAUGCUACACUUUAAGACGGGAAAAAAACAUUCCAACAUUUAACAGCAGCAUCAAGAGGGGCAGCUACCAGCUUACAAUAGAGCCAAUCAUCCUGUCAGACCAAAAGGAAGCACGGCCUCUCUUGUCAGCUUCUCGUUUGCUCGAAAGAAGACGUGUUUUCCAUGGAAACAUGGUUAAGAUUGUCAAACAACACCACAAGGAGUUCCUGUCGUCAUUGGUUCCUCCAGUGUCUGUCCCGGAUGACAAAUUGACUCGCUGGCACCCUCGCUUUAAUGUUGACACUGUACCUGCCGUCCCGGUCAGUCCUCUGCCUCAGCCACCAAACACUGAGAAACUUUCCACAGCCCAGGAAGUUCUGGACAAGGCCCGCUCUCUCAUCACACCUAAGAUGGAGAAGGCUCUGGUUUCUCUCACUCUCAAGUCGGAUGAGAGAGAUGAAGAGAGUAGAGAUUUGACAACUCCACAGAAACCUGAUGACUCGAACACGGUGGCUUCAACUGCGUCUGCUGCUCAAGUCCCAGCUGCACUAAAAGGAGUGCCUCAGUCUCUGCUGGACAGGAUCCGGGCAAAAGAGGCUCAGAAACUCCAGGCAUCCAUGAUGCGAAACCCUGUGCAGGAGGAGCGCCUGCUGAUGAUGUCACGGCUCGAGGAGCUGUCGAGAAUUCUGCGGACAGUUUUUGUUGCAGAGAAGAGGCCAGCAUUGAUAAUGGAGGUGGCGUGUAACCGGAUGAUGGCUAGCUACAGGUCUGCGCUUAGUGCAGGCGAGAUGGAGAAGCACCUUAGACUGUUGGCUGAAGUGGCAGGUGAUUGGCUAACUAUCCACCCAAUCAGGAAGGAUUUCUACCUGAAGAUAAAUAAGAACAUGGAGCUGAGCAGUGUCCUGGAAAAACUAAACAAAAGACUAAAAGAAGAGGAGAGACUCUAAAAUAUUUUUCCCCCUUCUGGCAUUGGUUUUACACUGUUUUUUUUUUUUUUUUUUUUUUAAACUGUUGUGUCUUUCAUAACAACAGUGCAGUCACUUUAACGCCACAUUUAUGCUCCUGUUGUGAACAGGUGGUUUUAUCAUUGUUUUCAUGUUUCCCCCCCCCAUCUAUAAAUGUUCACAUCACUGCAUCUCCAGUUUAUGACCCAUUUUUUUUAAAUGAAGAGGAAUUACUAUUUUAAUUUUGAUAAUGUUUAAGAAAUACAAUUUCUUUUUUUAAAUAACCCUGAUGCUUCAAAUGUUUUUUUUUUUCUUACGGGACAAUUAUGAGCGGAAAGAAAAUCAGUCUGAAUUUAAAAAAAAUAUACUUGAUGAGAAACUGACAAAUUGAAAAAUUGUUAUGAGUGAUAAGAAUUUGUCUUAGAACUGAAAAAUACCAGCUGUCAAUUAAAAAAAAUCUAAAGCAAAACACUUUUGGGUUUGUAAAGAAUUUAUUAGUACAAACAAGAUUUUACAACCAUUCACAUUUUACCAUUGCAGCAACUUCACAAUUUCCCUGGUGCUAGUGGUUUUGAAAGAAAAAAAACAACGACGGUAACUAAAUCUAAUAGAUUUUGACAU